CCAGUUUGCCAGCUCUAGUUUCAGCUGAUGGUAAGACGCGAAUCAUAACCAUUGACAAACUGUGAGAGUGACUGGAAGACAACCACCUCCGAUCCCAAUAGUGAUAGUGGCCGUGAAGAAGUGAUAAGUGAGGAUAUCUCCAUCCAUACGCCUAGUUCAGAUCACGUGAGUGUGCUCCUUUUACGUGUGCUUGCACUUCCUCCUUGUGCCUUUGAAGAGGAAAAUAUCUCAAAUCCUGUUAUAAAGUGAUUUUUUUGUUUGAUAGUACGCCAAGGCGAGGUACCUUUUGAAACGUGAUUUGGCCGCCUGCAAAAAGUUGUCGGAUGCCCAUUGUUGAUAGUCCGCCGGACUGCACGCAAAAGCUUCAUCUGGCUGUUGGGAGUCUUGCGAUUCGAUAAGCCCCAACUGAGUAAAGGUGUAAAUCAGCUGUGCACCGCGUAUGUGAGAACACCUUUCCACACAUAACCGUCUGGGGGUGAACAUACCACAUAAUCGUAUAGUGCCAGUCGACAGUAUCGCGAUCAUUUCAGUUCAGCACCACAUAUCAUAUCAAUCACGAACGCCGGAGAAAACACUAGACCACUCCGAAAGGCAAAGAUACAACAGUUGAGUGAUUGCUACAUCUGAAAGGUAGUGAUCGGUUGACGCUUCGAAAUAUUGUUUUCGGGUUUGUUUUUUUGAGAGUGACCACACGAAAUUGCUAAGUUAUUCAAAAAGCAUAAAUAGCAGAAACUGGAUUUUUGCAACACUAUUAAGGUGACCACAGUCGCAGUGAUAAAACUAACAAAUUUGAUGAGUGUUAACUAUGGGCCGCAUUAAAGGUUCAACUGUAUCUAAAGUUUUGUGAUAAUACUAAAAUUAGUGUGAUAUAUCUUUAUUACCGAAAAAAAGGUUCACUUCUACUCGAAGCGCUUUUAAAAUAUUCUACUGAUAACCAAAAGUGUGCCAUUACCACCGUGAAAUUUUCAUAAAAAUUAAAAUUUUUGUUGAUAAUUUUCAUUAUUACUCGGAGCGGUUUUUAAUUUUGAUAAGCUCUUCCGUCUAAUCCUUUUACAAUUCAUAACAAAACCGAGAUUAAAUCAUCAGCCAAAAUGACCGUUUCGAAGGAAUUCAUCUGCAACAGUACCGAUGAGAAACCCCCUGGAGUAUCAAAAUGGUUCGGUACAAGGCAUUUUGUCACAUUUAUGCUGUUCCUUGGAAUGGCAAAUGCCUACGUGAUGAGGACCAACAUGUCAGUAGCCAUUGUGGCUAUGGUAAAUCACACAUAUUUGGAUUCAAUGGCGGAAGCAGAAAUAUUAGAUGAUGAAUGCGUGGAAUAUAACAACACACUACCUCCGAAAACUGAUCCAGGGAGUGACGGUGAAUUCAAAUGGUCAUCAAGUUUACAGGGUGUUAUAUUAUCAUCAUUUUUCUACGGAUAUGUGCUAACACAGAUCCCCUUUGGAAUUCUCGCAAAACGCUAUGGUGCUCUAAGGUUCCUAGGUUGGGGAAUGUUCGUCAAUUCAGUGUUUGCAUUCCUGGUACCAGUUGCAGCUAGGGAAGGUGGCUAUAUUGGACUAUCAGUUGUUCGAUUUAUCCAAGGUUUAGGUGAAGGACCAAUUGUACCAUGUACACAUGCUAUGCUUGCCAAAUGGAUUCCGCCCAAUGAACGAUCAAGAAUGGGAGCAGCUGUUUAUGCAGGAGCUCAGUUUGGUACUAUCAUUUCAAUGCCACUAUCUGGACUUUUGGCUGAAUACGGAUUCGACGGAGGCUGGCCCUCAAUUUUCUAUGUAUUCGGUGUCGUCAGUACGGUAUGGUCUAUUGCAUUCUUGUUUCUCGUUUAUGAGGAUCCUUCAUCACAUCCAAGGAUUAAUGAAAAGGAACGCGAGUACAUUAACAGUUCACUUUGGGGCAAGGGUACCAUCAGUUCACCACCAGUUCCAGUCAAAUCGAUAAUAUUCUCAAUGCCGUUCUAUGCCAUUCUCAUCGCUCAUAUUGGUCACAAUUAUGGCUAUGAAACGCUCAUGACUGAAUUACCUACUUACAUGAAACAAGUUCUUAGAUUCUCAAUUAAGGAGAAUGGAACUUUGUCUGCACUCCCAUAUCUCGCAAUGUGGCUGUUCUCGAUGUUCAUUUCAGUUGUAGCGGAUUAUAUGAUUUCAUCAGAACGUUUUACACAUACCUCAACAAGAAAAAUUAUCAACAGUAUUGGUCAAUACGGGCCAGGUAUUUGUUUAAUUGCUGCUUCAUAUACAGGCUGUGAUAGGGUUCUGACAAUAACCCUCCUUACAAUCGGUGUGGGUCUAAAUGGUGGUAUCUACUCUGGUUUCAAAAUCAACCACUUGGAUAUCACACCCCGCUUUGCUGGCAUCUUGAUGUCAAUAACAAAUUGUUCAGCAAAUUUGGCUGGUUUGCUAGCACCAAUUGUCGCAGGCAUUCUUAUUGAAGGAAAGCCAACAAUGGGUCAAUGGCAAAUCGUCUUCUUCAUCGCCGCAGCCGUCUAUCUGUUCUGUGGUACAUUCUUCAACGUCUUCGGUUCAGGUGAAAGGCAAGCUUGGGACAAUCCCGAAAACGAUGCUCCCCCCGCCACGCAAACAAUCCUGAACGGUGUGAAUAAUGGCACAAACGACGGCGCGAAUAAUGGCGUGAAUCGUGCUCAAAACGGCCACGUGACAGAAACGCGGCAUUAACCAUGCACUGCUAUGUGGGCUCAAAAAAGCUGAACUUUCCUAAGGAGGGGGAAUAAACUGAAAAAAAACUAUAAAUACAUGUCAAGUGCCUCACCCGAUCUAAACUAGUUUUAAGGAUUUUAAAUUAGACUAAAACUAUGAAAAUAAAUAAAUGAAAACAGUGAAAAAUAGAAAAAGUUAUGCUACACACACAAACAUACAUAUUACAUUAUGGAUAAUAAAGUAUGAACUAAUUUUUAUAGUUACUAUACAAUAUCGUUGAUAUCAUGGAAACCACGCGGCCUAGCGCCCAGUCCUGUCUACUAGAGUAACUCUGAUAAGAACGAAAAAAACAAUACUUUUAAUUAAUUAUUUUAUAAUUUUAUUAUUGCGUUAGAGAUUUGUAAUUCUUUUUGUAUGAGAGUGAGCGUGUUGUUGGAAAUGAUAGCUGCAAAUAAACAAGAUACAAUUGUGAAUUUUGCGCCCUGAGACGGGGCGAGGUUUCAGAAAAGUAGGACAUAAUUUUAAGUGCUAUUUAAAAAAGAGAACAUGAUAUCAAAAUUUUUAAUUUAAGUCACCUUUAAUUAUUUUGUAUAAUCAAUCCAAAAUUUUGUAACCAAUCAACUUCAUUACACAUUGUCGACCGUACAAUGGAUAUUUAUUGUUUUUCAUUGUCGUUGUUGCGGACCAACACGCACUUUGUAGGGGAACCUCUGUAUUGGAACCAAAAUCCUAUUCUUGGAUGAGGUUGCAGUUCUUGUUUAGCUAUUUUAUUAUUGUUAUUAGCGGGCUUUCUUUUUUGCGGACAUUAUUUGCUUUUUAGUCAGUCGGAUUGGGGCUGUAUUUGCAAGUGAUCCUACGGUAACUUUUUCAAGCAGUUUCAAGCUUUUCCACCUCAAGAAAAGCACCAAAAACCUUUCAAAGAUGGUCGCAAUCUCCAUCCGCGGAUGUCCAUAAUCUACAUCCACAAUUGAAGACUCCUUCACUUACAUCCCCAUCCCUUUACCGUACGCAAACCGAAGUCUGAUCCGAUUAGGAGAAAAAGCAGGUUCUGUCUGCAAAAUGACCAAAAGGAAUAUGAUCCCAUUGUAGAUUCAAUUUUUUUAUCCAUUGAAGGAUAGUUGCAAUAUCGGAUUUUCAAAAAGUGAUGCCGAAAUAUAAAACUCUUCUAUUGAAGCGAUACCAGACAAGUUGAACGUUGUUGUCAAUGUUUGUUAAUAUUUGUUUUUAAAUAUUUUUUUUUGUAUAUUUGAGUAUGCGCGUGAGGAAAUCAAUUGUUACAAUUUUCGCAACAACCAAGAAUUGCGAGCAUAUCUGAUCGAAUAGAUAGAAACGACCUACCAAGAGGCAGAGAACAAGAAACAAAAUAUUUAUAUUUUUUCCAUUGUUUGCGUUUUGUUAAAAUCUUCUUUUUUAUUGUCAUUGUUUCCAGAUGUCCAUAUUAAGUGCUAUUUGAAAAAAAAAGAAAUUUAAACCCGGAAUUUCAGAGCGAAAUGAGGACCAAAAAGAAACAAAAACAGAGAAACGAAAAAAAAUGAGAAAUAUAGAGAAGAUUUUUGAUAAAGAGGAAGGAAA